CGCGAAAGAGAUGUGUUUUCUGCCACGAUUAGUAGCCUGGCUCGCUGCACUGCUUGUUCUGUCUGCACUGGACGUGCAGCAUUCUGCAGCCGGGCAUGCCUGCAUACACGGAUCGCGCAAGGAGCGGUUGAUUACAGGAGUGAGGAUCGGAGAAAAGGCGGUAGUAAAGAGAGAGGCUAGGCAGCCGAUGCGGUUCUUCACCCAUCUCGACGUCACCAUUACUGCAAUUCUUCCUGACACCAAGAGGCAAACCAUAUUGGAUGAAGUUAUACCUUCGCUACUGGACUACCUCAGUGAAACACUCUCAGUGUCUCCUCUCAGCCAGCCCGUCCUUCUUGAUUCCCAGUGCUCCCCAGAGGGGUUUUACCUCACCCCAGGAGGGAGACAGUGUGUGGAGACAUGCCAGCCUACCAUCUGUGGCACAGUUCGUGUUCCAAAUGAACAUCUGAAGGCCUGUGUGGAGUGCCGAGGCAGGGGCAGUGGAGGUGAAUGCUCUCCCAGCAACCCAGCAAAGGAUGGACAAGGAGUCCCUAGCACUGACUUUGUCCUCUACAUCUCUGCCAACCAGUCGCAGUGUCCAAAGGACUCCGAGGCAACCGUCUUGGCCUUUGCAAGUGCUUGUCAGUUGGAGGCCAGUCAGGACCGACCCAUUGCUGGCUACAUCAACUUCUGCCCCACUGCUCUCAAAGACACAAACAAUGCCUACGUGUACAGUGUGGCCAAGCACGAGAUGCUGCAUGCGCUGGCAUUCUCCUCCCAGCUAUUCCCCUACUGGAGGCACCAGAACGGAGAGCCUCGCACACUUCGCAGCAGUUCAGGAGAACCACCAAUUGACGAUUCAGAUUCACCUGUAGCUGACAGCUCCACUGUGAAGACUUUGACCUACAAUUCCUGGAGGACAGCUGGAAGAGGUCCCGUACAACACACCAUCAUUGCUCUAGCCACUGAAGCAAUCCUGAGAGAAGGGAGGGCUCACUUUGGCUACCCAGAGCUGCAGGGAGUGGAGCUGGAGAACCAGGGGGGCGAUGGCACUGCUCUCCAACACUGGGAGAAAAGACUCCUCGGAAAUGAAGCAAUGACUGGCGUGUUCACCUUUGACCCUGUAUUCUCUCGCCUCUCGCUGGCAGUGAUGGAGGACAGCGGCUGGUACUCCGUAAACUACUCCUCCGCUUCCCCGCUGCUGUGGGGGCGGGGCAAGGGGCGGAGCUUUGUAGAAGAAGGCUGCGGUAACUUAGUGGAAGACACACAUGAUGAAAGUAAUCCAUUCUGUGGAGUCCACGAGAGUAGCAACAGAUUGGGCUGCACUCUUGGCAGAGGAGCAGUGGCUCAGUGUAACAGAGUCACCUUUACCUCACAGCUUCACCCAGGCUUUCAGGCAUUCACCUACCAGUCAGGAGCAGGGACUAACUGCUCUGACCCAGCCAACCAGCAGGUGACUCGGGAGAACGUGAGAGGUGAGAAAUAUGGGUCUGGUUCUCGCUGCGUGGGGCAGGGAAGAGAGUGGAAGACCAUCUCUGGAGGGUUCGUCUACUCCUCCAGUCAAUUUGGAGGUGGCUGCUAUGAGUAUGAGUGUUCAGAGGGAGGAGUGACUGUGUUUGUGAAAGGAGUUCCCUUCAAGUGCAGCUGCGAGGGAGAAGAGCACAUAGUGGACCUCAGCUGGGGCAGUGAGUCAUGUGUGACCGGCUCCAUCAUCUGUCCCUCCUGCUCCUCCAUCUGCUACGACGACCACCCCAUCUCCGUCUGCCCCCACCCUGAACCGGAGGAAUGCUACGGAAGAGUUGUCGGAAGAGAAGGCGACUGUUCUCGUAGAGUUGGUUCAACGAGACAUGUAGUGGGAGGGGCUAGUACCACGCCCCUUGUCAGCCAUGUUUCAUUAGUACUGAUCACCAUAUUUUUGCUAUUAAUGACAAAUUAA